UAACAAUUCCCCUUUUAAUUAAAAGAACAAAUUCCACAAUCACAUUAUACUAAAACAAUUUCAAAAUGAAGAUUUAUUUAAAUAUAUUUGGAAUACUAUUUUUUACAUCAAUAAAUUGCGAUGUCCCAAUUCUAAAUACUCGUUUAGGAAAAAUUCAGGGAAUUUACGAAUCUUCUUAUGAAAAUCGAAUUUAUUCUGCGUUUUAUGGAGUUCCUUACGCAAAACCGCCAAUAACUAAUCUUAGAUUUGAAAAACCUGAGCCUAUUUCACCUUGGAAUGAUGUAAUUUAUAACGCAACUAAUAAAAACAUAGUUUGCGCACAAAUUAAUCAUGUUAUAAAACCAUUUGGUGGUGAAUAUCGCGGGGUUGAAGAUUGCUUGUACCUAAAUAUCUUUACACCAAAAUUAAAACCUUCCCCUAACGAUAGUUUAGAUGUUAUUGUUUUUAUACAUGGUGGUGCAUUUAUGUACGGUUCGAAUAAAAAAGGGGCGCGAUUUUUAAUGGAUCGUGACAUAAUUUUUGUAACGGUUAAUUACCGUUUGGGAACUUUAGGAUUUUUAAGCACCCAAGAUGAAGUUUUACCAGGAAAUUUAGGAUUGCGAGAUCAAGCGAUGGCUUUAAAUUGGAUUAAAGAAAACAUAUUAGAUUUUGGUGGAAACCCCAAUUCAGUAACAUUAACGGGUUUAUCAGCGGGAGGUUCCAGUGUUCAUUUUCACUAUUUUUCACCUUUAACAAGAGGUCUUUUCCAUCGGGGGAUAUCAAUAAGUGGAACGGUUUUAGGGCCGUCAAAAAUACAAGAGAACCCUUUGGAAAAAACUGGAAUGGUGGCUAAAUCUUUAAAUUGUUUUAAUGAAAAUACAAGGAUUAUGAUUGAUUGUAUGAAAACUAAAUCGGUGGAGGAGGUUGUUAGUGCUAUCAAGGUGUUAAGACCGUGGGGGUUUUAUCCUUAUUCACCAAUUGGGGUUACGAUUGAAGAACCUAUGAAGGACUCUUAUUUACCUGAUCAUCCAAUUUCGUUACUUUCAAAAAAAGCAUUUCAUGAUCUCCCUUGGAUUAAUACUUAUACUUCUGAAGAAGGCCUUUAUCCAGGAUUGGAAUUUAUAGGUGAACCAAAACAUUUGGAAGAAUUAGAAGAGAAAUGGAACGAAUUAGCACCUUUAGUAUUUGAUUAUAAUUACACUGUAUCUAAAGACGAUAUGGAAAAAGUUUCUAAAGAUAUUAAAAAAGUAUAUUUUAAGGAUAAAGCAGUUUCGAAGGAUAGUUUUAGGGAUUUAGUAGCGAUUUUAAGUGAUCGCAUGUUUGUUCAUUGUGCUGAAAAGGCUUCGAAGCUUCAAGCAUUCUAUUCAAAAUCGUUUGUAUAUAAUUAUUAUUUUAGUUAUUCUGGAAAUGGAGUUGCAUCAGCGGGUAGUAAAUGGAUUGGAAAACAUACAGAAUAUGGUAAAUAAUAGAUGUUACUAGAUUUAAUUGAAUGUAUUAGAUGAGGCUCCUAGAACCUCAAAAUCGCCAAAUUCCAAACUCUUCUACACUUAUGUCCCUAUCUGAUUAUGUUUUCUAUCUCACAUUAAUAUCAUUUAACUGUUUCUUUUUCUGUGUCUUAGUGUGUACCCUGAACUGUUCUGAAUCCCACGCAUCUUCAUCUGGUGUAGUCAUUGAGGUGUAGUUGUAGAACAGUAAAUUGAAUAAAACUGCUAAUACUCUAAUUAAUUACUUUCAUAGUCAAAACUAGUUUUAAACUAGUUAAAACUACUUUUGUGGUAUUUCAUUAGUUACUUCAUCUCAUUUUUUUUAUUUAGGCCUCCCUCUCAUAUUAUUCUUUCCACCUCUUGCCUCCCAUAUUCGUCUAGUUUGUCUUGUAUCUGCCAUUCUCUGUAUAUGUCCCCACAACAAGUGCAAAGAUAUUCCCACUGAAUAUUUACAAUCAUAUUUUGCUUAAUGACGACUAUUUCAUUGCAUGAAAAAUCAUUGUGAUACUUAUAAAGUUACAAUACAAAUAUAUAACUAGAAACAAGCAAAUUGGAGCUAGAUUUGAAGUGUAUUCUGGGCUGAAAACGCUAGAUGUGAUACAUAAUUUGAGGGUAACAUAUAUUUUUGAAGCAUUAUGAAUGAGUCCUGUUAAAUUAUUUUAUUAAAAUGUGUACACAUCCAAAUCACUUAGUCCAAGUAAUGUUGUUUAAGCAGUUGUGGCCACAAACCCAACAGGUGUGUGAUUAAAAGUACUACUAAGACUCCUAAAAAGAACUACUUAUAAAAACUACUCACCCAAAGAACUUUAAUUUGUAGUUUAGAGCAGCAAUUCAUUCGUACACUAACAUUUAUGAUCAUUUUGG